UACAUUAGUUACCUCUUACAAAUAUGACAAGAAUAAAAUUUUAAAACUAGGUAUUGAAAAUCCUAACGCUCCUGUGCCAUGUUCAAAAAAAGCUGCACCGAUCUGACCAAAAUUCCGAAGGAAGAGGUCCUCAAGUGGGUCAAGAACAUCCAGACCAUCAUCUGCGAUGCUGACGGAGUCUUGUGGCACUUUACUAAAGCCAUCGAUGGCGCUCCAGAAGUCUUUAAACGCGUAACGGAAACUGGACGGCAAUUAUACAUCGUAACCAAUAACUCGGCCCUGCCCUCGGAGAGUUGUGCCAAAAGAGCUCAAGAACUUGGCUUCAAGAUUGAUGAGGAUCAUUGCAAGACCGCCUCCUCCUCUAUUGCCAAUUUUCUCAAGAACAAGGGUUUUCGAAAGAAGGCAUUCGUCAUGGGCGAAAUGGGUCUUCAUGCGGAGUUGGAAAAAGUCGGCAUCACCCAUAUCGAGGUGGACGAAAAGAUGGAUAAGCCAAUGCAUGAGUUUGCCAAAGAACUGGAGCUAGAUCCCGACGUUGGCGCCGUGGUGAUUGGCAGGGAUGAGCGAUUCAACAUGGCCCGCCUGAUCCGGGCUGCCGCCUACUUAAAGAACCCGGAUGUGAUAGUCUUAGGCUCCAGCAUGGAUGCUUCCUAUCCUUUCGACGGACAUACGAAGGUGAUUGUGGGUGCCAGUGCCAUGAUGACAUCGGUAAAGGCCCUCAGCGGACGCCAGCCUUUGAUCCUUGGCAAACCUAAUCCCUGGAUAUUGCAUCCUCUGCUAGAGUGUGGCGUUAUCAAGCCAGAGACAACUCUAAUGGUUGGGGAUACAAUGACAGCGGAUAUGACGUUUGCCCACAAUUGUGGAUUCAAUAGUCUUCUUGUUGGCACAGGAGUCCACAGUCUAAAGGACGCUCAAAAGAUGAAGGAUAGCAAGGACAAGACGAAGCAGUGUUUUAUACCGGACGUCUAUCUACCAAGUUUUGGUCACCUUUUGGAGUUCCUCUCUUAAAGUUUGUCCCUGGUAGCCGCAUGCAAAUUGUAAAUUAGCAUUUUCCUUGAUUUCUGCAUAAAAUCAAUACUUAGCAAUA